CACCGUCCGUCGACCUUCCAGCUGCCCCGCACAAAAACGACCGACUCAACUUGUAUCUCAGCUGGCUGGCCUAUGUGUGCAGGGUUUUCUCUCUCUCUUCCUCUCGCCAUCGACUUUCAACCCUUGUGAGGUCGACACUGGGCCAUCCAAGCUGCUAGCUACUGCCGGUCCUGGCAGCAUUGACUUCUCCAUCUAGCUCUAUUGACGUCAGACUGGCCGUGUGUUCGACCACGCUCAUCAUGGCGGAACAACGAGUCAAUGUGCAUAUUCCCUCGCAUCCACCCGUUCUAGAUAGCGUGAAGCUCCGCAACAUCCAACUUCCACUACCGUCAGCCCCAGACCCCUGGCACCGCCCCGAAAAAGCCCAGCCCUGCACCGCGUCGCUGAAGUUAUCGUACUCAUCCGCCGUCGCGGCCGCCAUCGCUGACGAUGUCUCCCUUUCUCUCGACUACGGCAAACUCUACCGCCGCCUCGAGGAGGACAUUCGCCACAUGGGACAACGGGGAGAAGCUCCGGGACAACGCAUGAUCAGCGUGGAGGGCAGUCGACGCGAGGAGAUGCUGCGGAAAGAACUCGGGCAGGACGUGCGCUUGACGGCCGGCAUCGUCGCCAACUGCGGCCUGGGGCUUCUGGACGAGACGGCUGCCGGUGUGCGACGGAUGUCCCACCUGCAUCAAACGGUCCGAAGAAGCAGCGGCUCGGGUGGUCAAUCCGGCCCCGCGAACUUCAACUUCAGUCCCCCGCGUCCGUCGGGUUCGCCGAUCGAGAGUGUGUAUGGCGAGUGUGAAGUCUGGCUGCAUUUGCCCAAGGCAUUACUCCGGGCCGAUGAAGGCCUGAAAUACCGUAGCGUCACAGUGUGGGGAUAUAAGCAGGCAGGCGAAGGGUCCCCCGGCGAGGCCGACGAGUCUGAAAGAUGUCCGGUGGUCCUCGAAGAGGAGUUCCGAAUUGACGGGAUUCGAUGCUACUGCAUUCUGGGCGUCAACUCCCACGAGAGGGUGGAGAAGCAGGCGGUGAUCAUCUCCUUGGAGUUCAAGGGUCCCGGUCAGCUGCCCUGGGGCUCGACAGUGGUGGACACUUAUCAGGCGAUGACGAGGGUUGUUGCAGAGCGAGUCGAGGCCACCUCUUUCCAGACUGUCGAGGCGCUGGCAACCUUCGUGGCGCGCAUUGUGACGGUAGAGUUCUUGAAUGAGCGCGUGACAGUGAGGGUCGAGAAACCUAGUGCUCUCGCCUUUGUGGAGAGGUCAGGCGUGGAGGUUACGCGGUCUCAAGCGUUCUUUGAGAGGGCUGAAGUCGACGGCGGAAGAGCAUGAUCGGUAAUAGGUAGUUAGUGAUUGACUGCGUUGAUUGCUGACCGCGUUCUGUCAUUUUGAAGGAAUAAUUGUAAACUAAUCAUUCGCCGCUGGAUCGUAGGCUGAACAAGAAUCAUAGUAACUGGGCAGAAGUUUGUAGUUAUACAACUCGAUGACCUCAGCGCGUGAUGACCGUGCCUGAUCGGGACUAGUGCACACGCUUAGAAUCGGCGCCCCCUGAUUGGCGCAGGGCGGGCUUGGAUCCAGCUGAACCUCCAA